AUGUAUAGACUGAUAGAGCCGUCGUUGCCGUUGGCAUACUCGCUUGUCUCUGCUCUUGUCCUCGUCCACCUCUCGAGAAAGCCCAUCCACCUUGACCAGUACGACUCCCUCAGAGCCACUCUUGACCAAGAUGAUCAGAGCCCAGACGGCAGUGAUCAUCAUCAAAGAGGUCCAACUCUAGUCGACUCGUCUGACUCCGCAGCCCUCGACAACGCCCAAGCCAUUUACCAGACCCGCCGUGUCUCUGGACUGCAUCUUCAUUUGGCCAGAUCUGUUGUCACUGCUGGUCAGUUGGGUCUUGCCGUCUACUCCCUCAUCCGCUUCCACCUUGCUGAUCAAGAAAGUCUUCGAUCCAGUAGCAGCGAUUCUUAUUACAGCUUGCUGGGUGAUUCGUUCAGAGUUAUGUCCUGGGUCUAUGCCCUGGCUCUGUCGUUGGUGUACCUGGUUCGUCCUGCGGUGGCCUACCAGUUCUGGAUCCGCUGCCAGCUCGAUCUGUUCUACUUUCUCACUGCAGCCCUUUCGACUGCCCAGCUUGUUCGAUCCGAUGUCUUGACCCUGCCCAUGGCUGAUUGGCCUCUUCGUCUCCAGUUGGAGGCAUACAUCUGGUUGACUGGUGCCCUGUUGAUCUGGAUCUCGUUGCUCACUCUUCCUUACCAGUCCUUGACCUCUGCCAGGAAGCUGGAGCAGGGCGAGAUUGUCAGACCAGCCCCUCUCGAAUACACCUCGUCUUUGUAUAGCCAGUUGGCGUUCUCGUGGGUCAACCCCUUGGUCUACCUUGGAUUCAAGCGGUCUCUCCAGGACACGGAUCUGCCUUACCUUGAGGUGACGGAUGAGUCCCACACGACUGUUCGUCAGUUUAAACUCCACCAGAAGAAAACCUUCUACUUGUCCCUGUUCAACGCAAUCAAGCGCGAUGUCCUCCUCCAGCACGUCUACGCCACCCCCGCACUUCUCCUCCCCCUCGUUGCUCCUUACUGUCUCAACAAGAUUGUCAAGUACAUCGAAUGCCAGGAUUGUGGUGCUCCCACCCUAGAGAACUACAUCUGGGUCUUUGCCCUCUUGAUCUCGACUCUGCUCCAAUCGAUUGCUCUCCAGGCUACUUGCCACAUUGGUCGUCGUAUCUUUGUCCAUGUCACCUCGAUCUGCAACACUGCUGUCUUUGAAAAGUCAAUCCGGCGCAAGGAUAUUUCGGCGUCCGCUGCUGGUGCCAAGGAUCCCAAGGACAAGUCGGAGAGCAAGGACGACGAUUCUAAUGAUGCUUCCAAGCCUAUUAAUGUUUCUAACUUGAUCGCCGUCGAUAUCAAGAAGAUGGAGGACACCUUCUGCUACACCUACGAGUUCUACGGUUUCCCGCUGCAAUUCGGUAUGGCGACAGCUCAAUUGUACUACCUCCUCGGAACGACCGCUAUCAUCGGCGCCGCAUUCAUGUUGGUCACCCUCCCCAUUCCCGCAUUCCUCUUCUCCGCCGUCAUGAAGCUCUUCCAGAACAUCAUGAACACCAAGGAUACCCGUAUGGACGCCCUCAACGAGAUGUUGUCUGCCAUUCGUAUCGUCAAGUUCUUUGGUUGGGAGAGCAAAUUUGUCGAGAAGAUUACUGCUGCGCGUGAGAAUGAGCUGAACCAAACGCGAAAGUCCUAUAUCCGCAUGGCUCUUGCUGAGACCGUUUGGUUUAUCGUCCCUCUGCUGAACGUUGUCGUUCUGAUCCUGACAUACACCAAAUACUAUGACCACGAGAUGUCAGCCUCGAUCCUCUUCACCACCCUGUCGCUCUUUGGCAUCAUGCGCAACUCACUCAACAACAUGCCCUGGGUCGUCCAGAACGCCAUGCGCGCCUCCAUCAGUUUGAAGCGUAUCAACCGCUUCCUCCAGGAGGACGACAUCGUCCGCGAUACUACCAUUACCAAGCUUGACCCCAAGGCUCGUCGCAUCUCGGCUGUUUCGUCGAACCCUGUUAUUGGCUUUGUGGGUGCUACUUUCUCGUGGCCUAACAAGGAGGUUGCAGAGUCCACCAAGGGCGCUAAGAAGGACCAGGUGUCAUUCUUCCAGAAGAUCAAGGCCAAGUUCUCUAAGGCUGUUGUUGAGUCGGAGCCUGCUGCCGUCGUCGCUGCUGAGCCUGAAGCUGUCCAUGAGCGAUUCCAGUUGAAGGACUUGUCGAUCGAUUUCCCAGUCGGUAAGCUGUCGUUGAUUGUUGGAUCUACUGGAUCUGGAAAGACGGCUCUCUUGCUUGCGCUCCUUGGAGAGCUUGACCGUGUCGAAGGUCAGAUGUUCUUACCCCGCCUAGACUAUGGUGACCAUCGCUCGACCCGUGGUUCCGGUAUUGGAUAUGUCUCUCAGACCGCCUGGCUCCAGAACACGACCAUCCGCGACAACAUCUUGUUUGGCAAGAAGUUUGACCAGGACCGCUAUGACGCUGUUGUUGAAGGCUGUGCUUUGGUUACCGACUUUGAGAUCCUGGAAUCGGGCGAUCUGACCGAGAUUGGUGAACAAGGUAUUACGUUGUCCGGAGGGCAGAAGCAGCGUGUCUCGUUGGCGCGUGCGAUCUACUCGGAUGCUAGUGUCUUGCUCCUGGACGACUGUCUCUCGGCCGUGGAUACUCAUACCGGCAAGCAUCUCUUCCAGACGUUGAAUGGACCUUUGGUUGACGGGCGGUCUAUUCUUAUGGCGACUCAUCAGGUCCAGUUGACGUUGAACUCUGCGGAUCUGGUGGUUGUUCUUGAGAAGGGUCGUGUUGUGGGCGCUGGUACUCCUGAGGAAGCUGUUACUUUGGGGUGGGUCGAUAAUGUCAAUUUGACAGCCCCUCCUUCUGACAACGGCAGUGAGGUCAGUACUUUGGACGGCGAUGAGGAUGGCAGUGUUGCUGGAAAGAAGGCCAAGAAGAGCGCUGCGCCCAAAAAGGAUGCCGUCAAGUUGACCGAGGACGAGAAGAAGAACGAGGGUGCGGUCUCGAUGAAAGUCUACAAAGCCUACUUCACUGCCUCGGGUGGAUUCUUUGUCUGGGCUACCGUUAUCGGCCUUUUGGCGAUGAACCAAGCGCUGGAUAUGGGUCAGAACAUCUGGUUCGCCCACUGGACCAACCAGAUGUCGUCCUCGACUGGAUCUACCGUCAUGAACGCUUACCGCACCGUCGUCCCCGAACACUUCCAAGCCUCUGUCCGCGACGCCUUCACCCCCAAGAACGGCAACGACUACGGCGCCAUGACCAUGGCGGUCUUUGGAAAGGGUACCCCGGAGUCUGUCAAUAUUGAGUACUACCUCGGUGUCUAUGUCUUCCUCAGUUUCAUGACGACUGUGUUCUACGGUCUUGCCAGUCUCUACAUCAUGGUCGUCCCUACGAUUCGUGGCUCCCGUGUUCUCCAUGAGAAUCUGCUCCGAAAGAUCGCCCGUGCCAAGGUCCGCUUCUUUGAUACCACUCCCAUGGGCCGCAUUGUCAACCGCUUCAGUGCCGAUAUCACGUCGAUCGAUGAUAAUGUCGGCCGUGCGUUCCACCAUUUCUUAAUCACUGUCUUGACCGUCAUUGGGAUCGUUAUUAUCAUCUCGACCAACAUGCCCAUGUUCAUGGUUGCGGCUGUCUUCAUUGUCGGCAUCUAUCUGGUCAUCGCCAUGCUCUACGUCCCUGUCUCGCGCGACCUCAAGCGACUCAACUCCAACUCGCGUUCGCCUAUUCUGAACCACUUCAGUGAGACCCUCAAUGGUCUCAUCACUAUCCGUGCCUAUGGUUUUGAGAGCCGCUUCUUGGCCAAGAACCUUGUCACGCUCGACGACAACAACCGGACCUUCCUGCUCCUCUGGUCGACUAACCGUUGGUUGCACUGGCGCGUCGAUGCUACUGGUGCGCUAGUCUCCUUCUCGACUGCGAUGUUGAUCCUCCAGAACUGGGAUACUAUUGAACCCGGUUGGGCAGCAAUGAGCAUGUCGUACUCGCUCAUGUUCACCCUGAUGGUCGUCUGGAUGAUUCGUAUCUAUGCCGAGAUCCAGAUCAACCUCAACUCUGUCGAGCGUGUCGUCGAAUACAUGGACCUGGAAGAAGAACCCCCAGCCAUCAUUGAGGGGUCUCGCCCUCCUGCCGCCUGGCCCUAUGCUGGCGAGAUUGUUAUCGACCACCUUACCAUGCGCUAUGCACCCGAUACCCCCGAUGUCAUCAAGGAUAUCUCGUUCACGAUCAAGGCUGGAGAGAAGGUUGGAGUUGUCGGUCGUACCGGGUCUGGCAAGUCUACGUUUGCUAUUUCACUCUUCCGAUUUAUGGAUCCUGUCAAGGGUACGAUUACAAUUGACGGGAUUGAUAUCUGCAAGAUUGGACUUCAGGACCUCCGGUCGAAAUUGACUAUUAUCCCUCAAGACCCCAUCUUGUUCAAGGGUACGCUGAGGUCCAACUUGGAUCCCUUUGGUGAGCUCGAGGAUAUCGAUCUGUGGGAGGCCCUGAGACGCAGUCAUUUGAUUCCAUCUUCGAGGACUCAGCCCACAACCACCACUGCCGCCGCUGCCGCCGGCGCCUCUGCAACCGCCUCCGCCAAGGUCUCCGUCGACGAUGCCGCAUCCGUCAAGUCCGCUUCCGACAACUCUGCCUCGACAAAAGAAGCCGAGAUCGUCGACCCUUCCAAGAUCACGCUUGACACAGCCGUGAAAGAGAACGGCUCCAACUUCUCCCAAGGCCAACGCCAACUCAUUUCCCUCGCCCGCGCCCUCGUCCGGAAAUCCAAAAUCAUCAUCAUGGACGAAGCUACGGCCAGUGUCGAUUUCGAGACCGAUCUCAAAAUCCAGACUACUAUCCGUGAAGAAAUGGCCGAUGCUACUAUUUUGACCAUCGCCCAUCGUAUCAGGACGAUUGCGGAUUUCGAUAGGGUGCUGGUGAUGAAUGCAGGCGAGGUUGCAGAAUUUGAUAAGCCGUUGACGUUGAUGAGGAAGGAGGACGGGUUGUUUAGAUCCAUGUGCGAAAGAUCGACAGAGUUGGAUGCCUUGGUCGCUAUUGCGGAGGCCAAGGAGCAGCGCGAUGCGCAGGCGCUUUGA